AUGUCUGCCAAAAGAUUCAAUUCAUCAAUCACUCCUGUGAGAACUUCCCAAGCACCUCCACCAGCAGCUUCUUAUUCCCAAGCCAUCAAAGUCAACGGCUUGGUCAAUGCAAUAGCUUUGAUGAUGUUUAGCUUUAUCUACGUUUCAGGUCAAAUUCCAUACACCUCAGAAAACAAACCAUUGCCUUCAGAUUCAACCACUGCUGAUUAUGCCGAGCAAGUAAUCCAAAAUGUCUCUGCCAUUUUGGAAGCAUCCAACUCAUCGUUGAACCACAUUGUAAAGGCAAAUAUCUUUUUGACCGAUAUGACUUCUCAAUUCCCAGAAUUCAACAAGGUUUACGCUAAGUACUUUAGCGAACAUAAACCAGCUAGAUCAUGUGUCGCCGUCAAGGAAUUACCUUUGGGUGUCCCAUUAGAAAUGGAAGUGGUUGCUGUCGAAAAAGACGACACCAAAUUAUAA